UUCGACGAUCGUCCCGUUACCUUUCUGACCGGUUGUUGUUUACCGUUGGUCCGCCGAAAACAACGCGUUAAUUCUGGCGCCAUUUUAGUUUUCGUCGCAAAGAAAAAAAUAUGAGUUGGGCCGUCGAAAUCUAGUCAUCUUGCGGGAAAUUUUUCGAAAAUGCGCGAGAAAUGCGCCUCGUGUACUGGGUGUUUCUGUGUCAUUGGCACGUGGCUAUGGCAUUCUGGGUUGACUGGAAGUGGUUCGGCGGUGCUAUCGACGGCAAUGACGGUAUAGGAGGUACCGGGAGGGUUUUUGUUACGAUGUUCGGCUAUCCGGCAAAAUGCGAACGGCAAGGGUUGUCACACCCGUGCACGUUGUCAUUGGCGUGCUGGUUUGUCGGAGGAUCGAGCCAGGAAGGUUGCGGCGCAUCCGCUUGGCUGGUAGCGUGCUGCGUUACGUCUCGGAAUGUCCAUCAUCAGGAUUACGCCGCUAAAAUUAUCGAGCAGGACGCAAAUACCAUAGAAACUAGGGAAUCACCUGGUGUUGCGAUACAAAGAAGACGUGACAUCAUUGAGGUCGACGACUUUUGCGGCUUAUCGUCAGACAGGACGUUGAGGAAGCGGAUUGUGGGUGGGAGUGAGGCCGAUUUCGCACAGUUUCCCUGGCAGGCCUACAUUAAAAUUCGGGCAUUCCAGUGUGGAGGCGUUUUGGUCUCCAGAAAUUUCGUCGCCACCGCAGCCCAUUGCGUCCUAUCCGCCAGAAUGACGGACAUUUUGGUCUAUUUGGGUGAACUCGACACUCAGGACACCGGCAAAGUGGAAGAAUUAGCACCGUCCGAAUUGCACAGGGUGCGGAGGGUAAUUUUCCAUCCGAAAUUUCGAUACAAGGCGACGCAACCCGAUAGGUAUGACUUGGCCUUGUUGGAAUUGAUAACGGAAGCGGGCUACAACUUUCACAUCUCUCCCAUUUGCCUGCCCGACGAGGACCUCAGCCUCGCAGGAAGGGUAGCCGUGGUGGCGGGUUGGGGUAAAAUCAACCCCGCGAACCACUUGGUUGGAACAAACUUGUUGAGAAGCGUUGCGGUACCCAUUUUAGACAUCAAGGAGUGUAUGGCAUGGCAUAAGAUCCGACAAAUUACGGUGGAGCUCCACGACGAGAUGAUGUGUGCGGGGCAUAAACUGGGAAAACACGACGCGUGCCUGGGGGACUCGGGGGGACCGCUGAUCCUUUUGAGCAAAGGGAGGUGGACUCUGGUGGGGAUAACUAGCGCGGGAUUUGGCUGUGGGGAGCCCCACCAACCCGGCAUCUACCACAAGGUCUCGGUCACCGCCACUUGGAUUAGGAACGUCAUCCAGGGUCGCCGAUGAUUUUAUUUAAUUUAGUCCAUGCGUUUACUUGCUGUUAUUGUAAAUAAUACAAA